AAAAUGAAAGAGCAUGCUGAGGCUGACUGUUUUUUUGUCUUUACUAAUCUUAUGUCUGAAAUUCGUGAUUUUUUCAUAAAGACAUUAGAUGAAACAGACACUGGAAUUGUGAACAUGAUGCGUAAAGUCACAGACAGGUUGAAAGAAAAUGACCCAGUUGUUCAAAGUUAUUUAGUCAAAAAUGAAAUUUAUCCACAUACUAUAGUUUUAGAUCACUAUUUAAUUCAACCUACAAAAAUAUAA